AUGACGACCCUCGAUCAGUGUCUGCAAAACGUCUUGGAGCUGCCUGUUGCCGUCAACGAGCGACGACAGGAGCUGUGGGCGCAACUCGAACAAGCUUACGCCUCAUCGCCGCCGCUGCCUCUUACCAAAAGCUUCAAGCGUCAGGCAAUUGCCGACAAGCAGGCGUCUGCAGACAAUAUUGUCUAUCGAUUGAACAGUGUCGCCCGCGCCUUUCACGUCACACCCGCCGUCCUCGUCGACUUCUUCGGUAGCCAGGCAAUCCUGAACAGAAAUUCCCUCGAGUACCUCAGGACCCUCCGCAACCUCCGACCGGCGACGACGUUUCUUGAACUUUUAGCCGCUUUCGAGAGGAAGCGGCGUUUUGAUGAGCUCAUGGCCCCGGCCAAGGCUCUCAAGCAGGUGGUUCAGAGCCGUAUGUAUCCCGAACUCUUCGAUCCCCUUCGGGGGUGGUUUUAUUACCUUGACUAUCAUGUCCAUCCCACUGAGCCCUAUUCUAAUAACCCGGCAUCUGCAGUGCAUCCGAACGCAGCCUCAACUCGUCAAUCCCGCAAGAGAGCGGCGGCAACAUCAGCCUCACCUUUGCAGGGUAGCGAAAUCCCCCCGGCAGCAGCUCACCCGGCGUCAGCGCCAGAACUCCGCGAAUCCGAAGCCUCCAAACAAGGAAAUUUUACUCCGAAGCCCGCAACCGAGAACACUACGACAGCCGAACAAUCAGCUUUUGCUACACCUCGAACCAGCACAACCGAGCCCCUUAAAGAAGCAGAUUGGCCGCAGGCAUCCCCAAGUCUGGCCAACUCGAUGCCAACAUUUCCCACACCGGGCCCCGAUCAAGAACCUCUUCGGAUACAAGACUCGACGAUUCUCUCGACCUCGCCCGGUCGUCUCUUCGAUACCUCCCUCAGUGAUUUCGACUCUACAAACACAAGUGGUGGGCUGGACCUGACAACCUUUGAAGAAUUUCUUGGCAGCGUUAAUACCUCCUCUACUCCGCACAAGCCCAAGACUACUGUUGAUAAUAUGGCUUCGCACUGGGCUACCACGCAUCUCCAGUGGGCCUCCAAGCGGGCAUUAUCUCGAGUUGAACCAGAUGCUGCACUGGCUCCUAAAAGGUCUCGCCACGAUCCUGACGCUGUUGGGUCCUCGGGCUUAUCUUCGCUGCGUGUUCCGCUCGAGGCCAUUGCCGAGAGCUGGCACAGACUCGACAAAGACUGGCUCGACGAUGUUAUUGUAAACCUUGCCAUAAGCCGACUCGCCACGGUUUCGGUCGGCACUGUGGACAGCCUCAUUCUCAGCUGUCCCGCACAGAACAAUACGCCCACCACACUUCAGCGGCUGGCGCCCCUCAGGAACAAGGACACAAUACUGAUGACUUUCCACACGCCACAGCACUGGACACUGUUUCGUUUCGUCAAAUGCACAGGUUUGCUGGAGGAGUAG